CUGAGAAUGAGUCUGAGAAAGUUGAGCUUAAUAGAAGGAUUGCUGAGGUUCUAAGACAGGCUGUGGAAGAGAGUAAAUGGCGUGAUGCUGUGAAUGCCGAGCUCAAGGCUAGAAUCGAGGAACUAGAGAAAAAUAAGACAGAUUCUUCAGCAGAGAAUGUUAGGCGUGAUGUUGAGAUUGCUGAGAUUAAGGCUGAAGUAAAAAAAUUAAAGGACAACAAUGAAGAGAACAAAAAGCUAACCCAAGAGAUUUCUCCUGAGGGGGUUGUCAAUGUACAUAACUCCAUUUCAGAUCAGUGUGAUAGCGCCACUUCUUGCGUGAGUGAUCAGAAGUCACCGGAAGAUGGGGAAAUGGAUGCUUUCCUGGACGAGGCACGUAAGAAAAAUAUUAGUGAUAGAAUAAGACAGCACAAUAAGGAGAAACUUAACAAAGCAUCCUUUAAUCAAGAUCAAGAAUCAGUCCCAAAGGGACUAUCUGAUACCGGGUUAACUGUAGAUAACUGCACCUUCUCUGGUACUUCCACUUCUGAAAAUCCUAUGACUGAAAUUUCAGUUAGGGCGCCCCUGCUGAAAAAUAGUCAUAGGAAAAAAGGUGUGGAAAAUAUUUCUCAAAUGAUAUCUGAUGGUAUUCAAAAUGAUGCACAGUCUCAAAAAUGUAUUCUUAGUUCUUCUAAUGAUAUAUUAUCACAACAAAGCCAAAUUUCUUCUAUAGUACCACUGCUUACUUUAGCUCAAUUAUUCGAUAAAGUGACUGAUGCUGAAUAUGGUGCAAUUCAUGCGAAUUAG